AAUGUUUGGGACAUGGGAUCUUGCUCCUACCAGCGAUCAAAAUCAUUUCGAAUCACACACCACACCUCCCCCCACCCUUUACAGAUCACCCUCACCACUGCCCCAAAAAACCAAAAACAAAAAACAAAAAUUGCAAACCCUCCCUCCCUCCCUAAUUUCUAAACCCUCAUCUCUUCUUUUCCCUGUUUCAGCCACCCAAAAUCAGAUUCCAAAUUCUACAUUUCCACUCAUUCAUUAUCCAUAAUUUGUGUAUAUAUAUAUAUUUAUAUACUUGAGUGAGAGAGGGAAUUGGAUCGAUAGUUUCAGAUAAAUCGCAUAUAUAUCUAUAAAUAAUUAAUUAUCAUCAUCAUCGAAUGGCAGAGGAAGACGAAACUCAGGGGUCAGAGCUGAGCGAUAAGCAGAAGAGAGAGAUCGCCAAAUGGUUCCUCCUCAACUCCCCCGCCGGCGAAAUUCAAUACGUCGCCAGAGAUGUUAGAUCGGUUUUGAAUGAUGACAAUGUGUACAACACGGCGGUUUCGGAAGCAUUUCCUCUGUACAAUAAGUCUCACUUGAUAUGCCUCAAAAUGCCUGACAGAAGCGGAGAUGUUUUAAUUACGCCCGUUAGUGAGAUUAAUGAGAAUGAAUAUCUUGAUCCUAGGACUGCUCAAGUUGCUAGAGUUGAUCAUGUCAAGCAAGUAAGUUAUUUUCAUUCUUUCAAGUAUGAUAUGCAUUAUGUAUGAAAGUUGGGGCAACAUGUAUUCAUUGUUUUAUUUGAUGUAAAAUGUACAAAGCACAUAUUGUCAUGAUCCUUACCCACAUCUAGGGGUAGAGGGCCCCUCCAAAAUUUUGAGAAAGUCUACUUUCAUACAGGGACAUGUACAACCCUUUAAAUUUUUUUUUAUUCCCGUGUAAUGGCCCCCUCCCAAACUCAAUUUGGCAUGCUUAGAAGUUUUGGAAAACCCACUCUUUAAAUGGGUUUCCCUUUGAAAUUUAAUGCCACAAGUAAUGGCCCCUAAAAAAAUUAGUCUUCAUGUUAAAAAUCCAUUGAUAGCCACAUUUCAAAAAAAAAAAAAGAAAAAGAAAAAAAGAAAGAA